AUGCAACACUACAUCCACAACACACACACCAUACCAUACACACACCACCACACCACACCACACCACAAUACAUCACACCAUGCAACACUACAUCCACAACACACACACCAUACCAUACACACACCACCACACCACACCACACCACAAUACAUCACACCAUGCAACACUACAUCCAAAACACACACACACCAUACCGCACACACAACACCACACAAACACACCACCACACCACACCACACCACAAUACAUCACACCAUGCUACACUACAUCCACAACACACACACCAUACCGCACACACACCACCACACAAACACACCACCACACCACACCACAAUACAUUACACCAUACUACACUACAUCCACAACACACACACCAUACCACACACACACACCACCACACCAUGCUUUACUAAAUCCACAACACACACACCAUACCACACACACACACCACCACACCAUACUUUACUAAAUCCACAACACACACAUCAUACCACACACACACCACCACCACACCAUGUUUUACUAAAUCCACAACUAAAUCCACAACACACACACCAUACCGCACACACACCACAAUACAUCACACCAUGCAACACUACAUCCACAACACACACACCAUACCAUACACACACCACCACACCACACCACACCACACCACAAUACAUCACACCAUGCAACACUACAUCCAAAACACACACACCAUACCGCACACACAACACCACACAAACACACCACCACACCACACCACACCACAAUACAUCACACCAUGCUACACUACAUCCACAACACACACAUCAUACCGCACACACACCACCACACAAACACACCACCACACCACACCACAAUACAUUACACCAUACUACACUACAUCCACAACACACACACCAUACCACACACACACCACCACCACACCAUGCUUUACUAAAUCCACAACACACACACCAUACCACACACACACACCACCACACCAUACUUUACUAA